AGCCACUCACCAAUGUGUAGAGUCAGAUUGUGAUUGCUCUACACCAGAGCCCGCAGCCUGCUUGAAGGCCUCGUCUCACCGCCGGUGCCAGACCAGAGAACAACCCCCAAGACGAGCGGUACAAGCGCAAGGCGCUGUCCUGCAGUGUUGGGGAUGGUGUGACCACUGGUCAAGUUUAGCUGAAAGAGCCGAUCGAUAAAAGGUCCCAUUCGUCUUUCCCAACCGCUCUUCAACUCACGUCCGGUGACCAUGAAUCCGUCUCGCGGUGGGAGAAGCUGCCUGAACCACCGCCACCACCGCCACCACCGGCUGGAAGAGGAGGAGGAGGUCUCGCUCCACGCCAGCUCCGCCUGCGCCGCAGACGACCUCCUCGGCAGCGGCGGAAAGCCGUCGCCUCCGUUGGCGGCGGGGGAACGGGCUCGCCAGAGUCCAGCGCGGCGCCCGAGCGACUCUCACUGCGCAGCGCUCGGAGAGCAGGCGGCGGCGGCGCGUGAGGCCCGUCUGGAACGCACCGGCAGCAGCGGCGCCGUCCGCAAGCGCUCCGACAGCGCGGGGUGCGGCGUGGGUGUCCAGGAGCUGGCGCCGGAGGCGAGGUGCUCGCGGGGCGGCGGUGGCGAGGGAGACGUGGCCGCCUCGAGACGGAGCGCCGGGGAGAAGGAGGCGCAGCUUCUCCGCAGGCUGAAGUCUGCAUUGGUCGUGUCGGAAGUUGACGGGGCUCAGCUGCGGGCUCGCUGCGAGCGCCUGGAGGACGACCUGAGCGAGAGCGUGAGGACGGGGUUGGCCGCCUGGCACGAGGCGGACAGGCGGGCGGUGCGCUGCCGGCAGCUCCAGCGCGAAGUGCGGCAGCUGCGGGAGUCGCUCGGAGCCCUGCAGGAGCCGGGACUCAUGGCGGGCUACGUGCUGGAUCCCACGUCCGUGCCCCUCGCCUUCGGAAACUCCCGUUGA